CGGGCACAAAUCGUGGAGGGGGGAGUUUACGCUAUCAAAAAUCUAUUGGUUCAUGACAACUAUCAAAUGUUCAAGACAACUCUGCAUCGCUUUAUGUUGGCGUUCUUUAGCAAAACUGAUGUCAAAACAGUGAGUACCAAAGGAUUUCCCGAUUUCAUGUGUGACCUACGUUCCUUUGAAAGUGUUCGUGAGCAACCCGUCUUGAAAGAUGCUUUAUUAACAGAUGUGAUUGGAAAGAUUGUUGGACGUUCAAGCGUGCGAACAUACAAUAGGGGACAGAAAGAAGAAAAGCUCAUGGAGAUGACUUUGGAGGAUCUCGAGGGAGAACGUUUGACGUGCACUUUGUGGGGAAAGUAUGUUGAUCAAUUCAACGAUUACGUCAAUCUUGACGUCCCUUAUCCUUCCGUCGCACUUAUAAGCUUCUGCAGGGUGAAGAGGUUCAAUGGAGUGGUUAGUCUGUGUACUGCAUAUGACGUGACCAAGAUUGUUUAUGAUGGUGUCUCAAAUGAAGUCAUUAAGUUCAAGUCAAGGCUUCCAGAUCAAGGAGAUGAUAGUACUUUUACACCAACUAUUUUGAGUCGAGUUGAUGAUGUCGAGAGUGGAACAGUUACAAUCACAAGUAUCAAGGCACUGCUUGAAGAGAAGGAAGGAUAUUUUUGGAUUAAGGGUGAGAUAGAUUCACUUGGCCCAAUGCGCUCUUGGUCCUAUCUUGGGUGCACCGAGUGUAACAUGAAAGUUCAUCCGGAGGAUGCGAGGUUUAAGUGUGAUGGGUGUGAUAAGACCAUCCCGCAUGGAGUGUACAAGUACAAGGUCAUUGUUCGGGUUGUUGAUGAAAGUGGAAGCGGUCAUGCGGCAUUUGUCCUGUUUGAUAAAGAGUGCACACAAUUGUUGGGAGUGAGUGCUUUCUUGCUUAGGGAGGCUAUGGUUGAGAGGAAUAUGGACCCGGACACUAUACCGCAGGAAAUGGAUCGAAUCAUGUGUCAAAAGGCUCUUUUCAAGGUUCAUGUGAAAAAACAACAAGGCUCACCGACUAAGCACCUGUCGAGGAUUUUUAGUGUUGGACAAAUUGUGACUGACCAAGUGGUGCUGGCUAAAUAUAACAACAUUGUUGAAAGAACAAAUUUGGAUGAUUUUUGGGAGAGUCUCGAAGACUUGAGCGAAACAGUGGAAAAGAUUGGUUCAAAUGACGUUCUUGGCAGUCAGAGUAGUUGCAGUGCUUCAAGGAAGGAUAUUGAAAUCCAGGUAGACGAUCCUAUCAAGCGGAAACUUUUUGAAGACGAUCCAAGUGACAAACAUGACAAGAGACUCAAAGCAAUCAAGCUGGGACUGAGGAAAUGCGCGUACCUCAGGCAACCACCGGUCGUCCUCGGCGUCGGCGAACGCGAUGUUGAGCCAAUCGGCGUUCCGUUUCUGGACUUUGGCCACGAAUUUGGACAGGGAGUUGCAGAGUUGGCACUUGCGGGAGUAGAAUUCCAGCACCGUCGCGGCUUUGUCGCUCGCCAGCGCCGCCGCAAACGCGCCCUGCUCCGCUGCGGAUUGUUCCUCCGGACUCGGAUUUCUUCCUCAUCAUCCCUCCUGUUAGAGAAGGAAAAGGAAUAUUAGAAUAUUAGUCUUUGAUUUGUAUUAGACUUGUAUAUGGUAGCUUCCUUUAUUUAGCAUUCCUAGUUCUAUUAGGAAUACCUU